AUGUCGAAUUUAUUAUUAGAUGUUGAUAUUAGGAGUAAAGAAGAGUUGUUAAAGUUGAGAAAAGAUCAACUCUAUCAAAUAUCGAUUGAUAAAAAGUUAAAGGUGAAUAAAUCUUUGAAUAAAGAUAGCUUGGUCAAUGCAAUCAUCAAACAUAGAGAUGAUCAGAUCAGAUUACAAAAGACAUUGUUCGACGACAAUCCUGCAAUCAGAUUCCAUCGUGGUCAUGUCGACUAUCGUUUACCUUUCUUGAUCAUUUCAAAGAUAUUUCAAUAUUAUUGGAUGUUGUGUACCAAUCACACGAGUCCAUUCUUCUCAUAUCGUGAUGCUUUGACAAUCACUCUUGUCAACAAACAAUUAUAUGGUAUUGUUACCACUUUAUUCAAUAGUAUUUUUAUAAAAAAGAAGAAUAUUUCAAAAGCAAUACAAUUAAAUAUUUUCAGAGAUCCUCCAAUUAUAGACAAUGAAAUGAAUAGAUUAACAAGGACAUGGUGUCCGAUCAAGCACAUAAUUAAAUUACAUAUUGACUACAAACUGUUAGAAUCAUUGGUAAACAGUACAGAUAUCCUUCACACCAAUCUACUCAUAUCCGUUGAAAAGUUACAUAUUACUUUGGAUAAAGCAACAAUCAUAUACAAUUGUGAUAGAAACAUCAAUUAUAUGAUCUUCAAGAAAGUAGCAAACAUAAUGACGAAUCUCAAGACACUCGUUUGUGAUUCUAUUAGGAUUAGACAAUCGCAUAUCAAUGCAAUCGCAACAAUCAAGUCACUCAAAAAAUUAGAUUUAACAGACACGUUAAGACAUCGUCUCGGAAAUAUAGAGGUGUUAGCACUCAUGAAAUUUCCAUUAAUGGACCAAUUCAAAUUACCAAGAUUCGAUCCAGUAAACAUUCCAGUUUCCUUCAGAGAUGGUGUAAAAUCAUUGUUCAAUGUCUCUUUCUAUAAACCAGUAUCACCAAAACAACUUUUAGAACUCCCAAACUUGAAGAAGAUCUCUUUUUACCAAACUAGACCCGACAUUUUCAAAUAUUUCAAAGAAUCAUCUUUUAAUGUCACUUAUUUAUGCUUCCCUUUGAAUGGAAAUAUCGAUCAUUGGCUUCCAAUCAUUGAGAAACUCAUCAGUAUCGAAACACUCGAAGUCAACACUCAAUCGUUGGGUUCAAAGGGUCUUCUUAGUUUGUGUCGACAAUUCAAAAACAGCAUCUCACCAAACUAUUCUCGAUUCUAUAUAAAAGCAUUCGAUCACUUUGAUAUUUACAAAUGUAAUUUAGAAAUAGAAUUGCAUUAUUCUCAUCAGAAAUUGUAUCCUAGAAUUACAAGUGGUACAAACAACCUUAGAAAAAUAUAUUUUGUUAAACAAAUAUAA